GAAAUCUGCAUGAUUAAAGCAUCCCACGUCGGCUACAGCUAAAACUCUCACAACAAGAAACUAAAAAAAGAGAGGCUAUCUUGAGCAAAACUCAACUACUACAUAGCAUGGCAACGCAACUUAAAAGUAAACAACCCCACGAAAUCUAAGUCGUCGUAUUAUUUCCAAGAACCCAAUACAAACACGAGAGCCAAAAAAAGUGCAUAAUGGUGCAGUGGAAGAAAGAGUACUUAGAUCUCAUAUUAGUUCCAUGCGGUUUGCUCCUUAUGUUGGGAUAUCAUCUCGUCCUCGUCUAUCGCUACCUCAAAUGCCCUCAAAACACCAUCAUCGGCUACGAGAAUCACAACAAGAGAGCUUGGGUUAGAAAAAUGUUUCAGAUCAAAAUCGAGGACAGGGGGCCUGCAAUAUCGGUGCUGAGCAGCAACGCGAGUGCAGCGACGUCCCUGGCAUCGAUUUCGUUGGUUCUGAGCUCCCUGAUAGGGGCGUGGAUCGGGAGCUCGUCGGUGAAUCUGUUCACCAGCAGAUAUAUCUACGGCAGCAGGCACCCGUCCUUGGUUUACGUCAAGUACAUAUCUCUGCUUUUCUGCUUUCUGGUGGCGUUCGGCUGCUUCAUUCAGACGGCGAGGUACUUCGUGCACGCCAACUUCCUCAUCAGCAUGCCCGACAACGACAUUCCGGUACACUGCGUUGAGAAUGAAGUGAUCCGAGGGAGCAAUUUCUGGCUCAUGGGCCUCAGGUCAAUCUACUUCGCCACCAAUCUGCUGCUGUGGAUAUUCGGCCCCAUCCCGAUGUUCGCUUGCUCGAUCGCCAUGGUGCUGGUGUUGCUCACUCUUGACAUCAACACUACCCCUUUGCAUCACUAUAAGCAAUGAAGCUACUUGCCUUAAUUUAGCCGGAGACCGGCAGGCUGUCAACUGGGAAGAAGCCUAUAUUCUAUGGCUGAUCUAAUGUAAAAAGUUUAAUUUCCAGAUUAAUUUACUGUAUUGGUUGGAAUUGUUGUGGAUUAGUACAGAGGCAAUGAGUUGUUCAGAGGUUUAUUCUUAGGCUGCGUUUAUUUUGAUGGAUAAAUUUAUCCAUUGAAAAUGAUGGAUAACAUAAAUUUAUGCCUUUAAAUGUCUUUUCUUUUUUCAACAUUUGACACAAAAAGAUAUGCUCACCAUUUUUCCUUCCUUAUUUUCACUUCAAAGAUGGAUAAUAUUAUCACACCAAAAAUGGAGGGAUAAUAUUAUCCAUCCUUGAAGUGAAAAUAAGGAAGGAAAAAUGGUGAACAUCUCUUUUUAUGUCAAAUGUUGAAAAAGAAAUGAGACAUUUAAAGGCAUAAAUUUGUGUUAUUCAUCAUUUUUCAUGGAAAAAUUUAUUCAUUAAAGUAAACGCAGCCUUAUUGAUAUUGAAUACGUCGCUUGAGUUUGGUGGCUUUCUGUUUUUAUUUAAUCUAUUUUCAAACUUAUAGUAAUGAUUUUUCUAUUGAAAACUCUGGACUAGCAUAAGACGUGACAGAUUAUGCUGAUUCCGCUGCCCAUCGCCGUUCUAUUUAAGUCGAUUAUCCUGAAUAAUAUAAUGUCCUUGAAUGAUUUCUGGAAAGUCAAGCUACAUUUGAACGAGAAUAGAGGAUGGUUGAACGUUUACAUCGGGUGUGAUAUAGCAUGUAUAAAUAAAGGGGGCAUUGUAUUUUGUGGAUAUGAUAAAUAAGAUUGAUAGAACAUACUCCAUCCGGACCAUCCGUCCCAUUUGAAAUGUCUAAUUUUUUAUUUUGGAUUGUCCCAUUUGAAAUGACUCAAUCCAUAAAUAUAUAUAAAAAAAUUAUCCUAAUUCUGGAUAGUCUCAUUUAAAUUGUCUUAUUUUACACAUUUAUAACACAAUUUUUAAUCUUUGUGCCCAUUUUUUUGUGACAUUUCAAAUGGGGCCCAAGGAGUAUUAUUUAAUUUUGUGUUUGAAUUGAUUUAUUGUGGUCUAAAGAUAAAUUAAAGAAUUGUGACUAAAAUAUAGAGAGAGAGCUACAAUAAAUAUUAGGAUUCCUUUUCUAUAAUCAUUCAAAAAUACAAAAAGCUGAGAACAAACAAUUAAAACCAAUAAUAAUUAUAGUGAGAGUAUUUUUAAUUUUGAGACCUUAAAUACAACCUGAGUUGUCCAUCACAUACCAAAUCAUACAAACUAAAUCCUUGAUUAAAUAGAAUUAUUUUAUCAAUCAUACAUAACCAUUCAAACCAAACGUCUCCAAAUAGUAUAAUAUAAGUUAAUCUACUACAUACUUUGAUAGACCGAAGUCUACAAUAUAUGUUCAUCUAUCGCAUACUUUGAUUGGUUGAACUAUUAGAACUUAUUAGAUCAAGUAAUUCUCCAAAUAUUCAAUCCUAUGUUUUAAAAAUAUUAAUCUAUCACCAAGAAUGACGCUUCCCCAAAGGAAAAGGAAGAAAGGGUAAUGACACUCUGGAAACCUCUGGUGCCAAAGUCAAGUCUAAUCUUUUGGCUAUAAUACAAGCUACGGGUUUGGCUGCAUCUCAUGUAAGCAAACUCUUUUUUAUGUUAAACAUGCUUAAAAAGAUCCACUUGCCAAAAGUCAAAGAUUUUAAAAAUAGAGUAGUUUACCCCCAUAACUAUCUAGCCAAGUAAUUUAAAUCCUAGAAUUAAUUAGGAUUUGAAUGGAUGGGACAUGUACACUUAAUUUACUAAUAUUACACCAAUCUUUUCAAGGACUGUAAUAAAAAAGAGCAGGCGAUUUUCGCAGCAAUUACCUCACUGAUAGUAACAUUCACUUUACUUAAUGCAAUGGCGUGGCCGUCGACGGAAUACUUCUAGACGAUACCAAGCCACCUUAAUCUAACCUAACCAAUAUAUUAAGUAACUUAUAUAGGCAACCAUUAAUCUCUACGAAAUCAUAAAUGAAGGAUCAAAAACUAUAUUCAUCUAGGAGUAGGAGCUUUAGAAAUGGGGCCGACAUGGAAGAAAGAAUACUUGGAUUUUGUUCUAGUCCCAGGCGGUUUACUAGUCAUGCUCGGAUACCAUCUGUUUCAUCUCCACAGAUGUAUUAAUCGGGCCGAGACCACGGUCGUUGGAUACGAAAACUACAACAGGAGAGUUUGGGUAUCAAGAGUGUUGGAGGUUGAAGUAAAGGAUAGAGAUCAAGCACUUACAGUGAUGGGGAACUACUUAUCUGCAGCAAUGUCUCUGGCCUCCAUCGCCCUUGCUCUCAGCUCGUUUAUCGGGGCAUGGAUUGGAAGCACAUACCAUGGUGAAGUCUUGGGCGCAAGAGUCUAUGGCAAUACGAGUUCAACCAUGGUUUACAUUAAAUACGUGGCAAUUCUCUCCAGCUUCAUGAUUGCCUUUGCCUGCUUUGUUCACGCAGCAACGAGCUUCCUUCAUGCUGGUUUCCUCAUAAGUUUGCCCAACUGCGUAAUGCCUCCGGGCAAUGUUGAGAGUGCAGUCAUAACAGGAAGUAAUUUCUGGGUGGUGGGACUCCGAUCACUCUAUUUAGCCACCAAUUUGCUGCUGUGGAUUUUUGGUCCGAUUCCGAUGUUUGUUAGCUCGGUCAUCACAGUGGUGCUUCUACAGUACUUAGAUAGGAACUCAAUCCCAUUUCCUCAGUAUGAUCGACCACAGAGUUAUGACUCUUUCAAGAAGAUCGAUGAUCGUGAAGAAUCAGGGGACAGUCUAAACGGGACAUCGAGUCUCCUACCCACGCCCCUUCGGACAUGAGUAUGAACAUUUGAUAAUGAGAUUCCAUAAGCUGAAUGCAUGCUACUAUGAUAAAGAUUCUCUCCUAUUUUCUUGUUCUAUGACAGAUGUACUACUGCCUUCAUAUUAAAACUUCUUGUAAGUAUAUAGUUGAACAAAAAGGAAAUGACAAUAAAAAUACAAAAAAUGUCAUAUAAAUAAUAGAGAAGUUUGUAAUUCUAAAAGAAGGGAGUUGGUGAUUCUUCUGUAAUGUGAAGGCUAUAUGACUUUUCAUAUACAAAUAGAAGAAACAAACCUGUCCACAUA